AUGGUCGUUCAAAAGCUAUGGAAACAAUGUUGCGAACAAGGUGAUAUUACUCAUCAGCGGAAAGGUGGCAACAAUCCCCCUCGGCUACAACAACAAGAUCUUGAUUUCAUUKAAGCUUUAAAGACAGCUAGACCAUCUUUCCCCUAUGCUAAAAUCUACGAUGCUGUCAAUACACAUUGCAAUAUACCAACCGGAACUUYCAAGUCUGCUGUCGCAAGAGCAGUUCAAAGUCGCUUAAAUAAUKGGGAAACUUGGACAUGGAAAAGACUGUCCCGAGCAAAAGCUGAAAAAUUUACUCCAGAAAAUGUAGAUUACUGUCAAGAUUUUUUGAACUUCAUGAACACGAUUAACCCACACAGAAUAAAGUGCUUUGAUGAAGCUGGAUUUAGACUCCCGGAUUCCAGUAGACCAAACUACGGCUUUUCCUUAGUGAAUACCUCUUGUGUGGAAGUAGGACGAUACCUGAGCUCUUCAAACGUAACUUUAAACUUGCUAAUGGGAAUCGAAGGAGUAUUGUAUGCUAAUACUGAGGACGGUACAAGUGACACUGCGUCGUUUCUUAAUYUUUGGGGAGAAGUAGGCCAGAGUUCAAUGAGGAACGGACAAAGUAUUUUACAAUACGGGGACAUCAUAAUCCUUGAUAACUGUGGCAUUCACCAGUCUGCUGGAGGUUAUGCGUUAUCGCAGUGGMUUUUAGAAAGAGGUGUAGAUGUUGUUUAUUUACCAGUUUACUCUCCAGAGCUGAACCCGUGCGAACUUCUUYUUAAUAAAUUGAAAUGUAUAGCUAAAAGGGACGAUAUAAAAGCAAAUUUUUGUCGAAAUGUUCAUGAAGGGAUUUACGAAUCACUAGAAUACGUAAGUGUAAAUGACUGUGUUAAUUUUUAUAGAUACACUGGCUACAUCGCGAUGUGA